AUGUUAUCACUACUUGUGCUUAUUCUGUGUCUAAUUUAUCCAUUACUUCUAUUCAUCCAGAAAAUUAGUAGAAGAAGCACUGCACCUUAUCCACCUGGUCCUAGAGGCCUACCCAUAAUAGGGAAUCUUCAUCAGCUAGACAAUUCUAUUCUUUAUCUUCAAUUAUAUAAAUUCUCAAAAAUAUAUGGACCAAUAUUUUCACUUAAACUUGGUGUAAGGCAAGCUAUUGUUGUUUCUUCAUCUAAAAUUGCUAAAGAGAUAUUUAAAAACCAUGAUCAUGAGUUUUCUAAUAGGCCUAUAUUAUAUGGCCAACAGAAAUUAUCUUAUAAUGGGUCAGAAGUUGUAUUUUCUCCAUAUAGUGAAUUUUGGAGAGAUAUAAGAAAAAUUUGUAUUAUUCAUAUAUUAAGCGCCAAACGUGUGUCAUCUUAUUCCUAUAUAAGAAAAUUUGAGGUAAUGAAAAUGAUCAAAAUGAUUUCUAGUCAUGCUACUUCAUCAAUUGUUACAAAUUUGAGUGAGGUAUUGACUUCUCUCUCAAGUACAAUAAUUUGUAGGAUUGCUUUUGGGAGAAGGUAUGAGGAUGAAGGAAUUGAAAGGAGUAAACUCCGUGGAAUGUUGCAUGAGUUUGAGAACAUGUUGACUGCUUUCUUUGUUUCUGAUUAUGUUCCAUUCAUGGGUUGGAUUGAUAAACUAUCUGGACUUCGUGCGCGUCUCGAUCGAAAUUUCAAGGAGAUGGAUGAGUUCUACCAAGAGGUUAUUGAUGAACAUUUGGAUUCAAAUAGACAACAAUCAAAUGUAGAGGCUAUUGUUGAUGUUUUGCUCCAAUUGAAGAAACAACGUUUGUUUUCAAUUGAUCUCACUUUUGAUCAUAUCAAAGGGGUCCUCAUGAACAUGCUUGUAGCUGGUACAGAUACCACAUCAGCCACAGUAGUUUUUGCUAUGACUGCCCUAAUAAAAAACCCAAGGGUAAUGAAGAAAGUACAAGAAGAAGUUAGGAGUUCAAGAGUUAAAGAUUUUUUAGAUGAAGAUGAUAUUCAAAAUUUCUCUUACUUAAAGGCAGUGAUAAAAGAGACACUAAGAUUGCACCUACCAGCCCCUUUGCUUGUGCCAAGAGAAUCAAGAGAAAAAUGCACUAUAGCUGGCUACGAAAUUCCAGCAAGGACGAUAUUGUUUGUAAAUGCUUGGGCUAUUCAUAGAGAUCCUGAUAUUUGGAAAGACCCAGAAGAAUUUUAUCCAGAGAGAUUCUUAGAAAAUUCUAUAAAUUUUCUUGGAAAAGAUUUUGAAUUAAUGCCAUUUGGAGCUGGUCGUAGAAUUUGCGCAGGUUUGUCUAUGGCAGUUGCAUCAUUGGAACUUAUCCUUGCUAAUCUUAUAUAUUCAUUUGAUUGGGAAUUGCCACAUGGGUUACGAGAGGAAGAUAUUGAUUUUGAAAGGUGGCCAGGACUCACUCAACACAAGAAAGAUGAUCUCUGCCUUUGUCCUAAGAUCCCGAUGUAGGGGCCAUUUAUUAUUAAUUUUAAUUGUCUUUUUCUGUUCAAAAAAGAAAAGUCUUUAAUAAUUAUAUUAGUGUAACUCUUUGAAUAAUCUAUUAUGAUAUAGUAUGCUUUGUACUUCGAAUGUAUUAUAUUAUCCUUUGCCUUUAAAAAUAAAUAUAUAUAAAUUUAAGCAUGAAA